AUGAAGUGCUGGUUCGGUAUUACUUUGCUGAUUGUAUGGAUGUAUUGUCUCGGAGAGAUCGAUGCCCAUGGCAUACUCCUGUAUCCAGUCGGUCGCUCGAGCCGUUGGCGAUACGAUGGCUCUGCACCCGCCAACUACGAUGACAAUGGACUGUAUUGCGGUGGUUUUUGGAAACAAACUGAGAAUGGCGGCCGUUGCGGUCUUUGUGGAGACGACUUUAGUUUGGCACAGCCCCGACCCAACGAGCUGGGCGGAAAAUACGGCCAGGGUGUUAUAGUCAAGAGCUACAUAAGCUCCAGUUCUGCGGACGUCAUUGUGCGCAUCACAGCCAACCAUUUGGGCUUCUUCAGCUUCCAUUUGUGCAACUUGGAUGUCUAUGGGCGCGAAUCGGAGCAAUGCUUCGACCAGAAUCGUCUCAAAUUUUCCGAUGGCAGCGAUCAAUAUUAUUUGGGCACCACACUAGGAGAGAUCAAUUUGCAGCUACGACUGCCCGCCGGCUUGGUCUGCCAACAUUGCGUCUUACGCUGGACCUACACAACUGGCAACAAUUGGGGCGUGUGUGCGGAUGGAACUGGCGCUCUGGGCUGUGGCGAUCAGGAGAACUUUAAAAACUGCGCCGAUAUUAGCAUUUUGAGUUCGGUUCGUGGUCUCUUGGAGGUUGAGGUGCCAGCGGAGGUGAAGGGAGAAGCUGCCUAAAUAGGAUCAUUUGGAAAUAGUUCCUACUAAUCAGUAUUAGUCCUAUGAAUUCCUAUGCAUGCAUUCCUAUGAAUGCAUUUAUUUACAACCGUUUUAAGCAAAAAUCUCAAAAAUAUAAUAAAAUGAACAUUG